AUGGGGUAUGGUGGUGAUCAGGAUGCUGGUAUGGGGUAUGGGGUGAUCAGGACGCUGAUGCUGGUAUGGGGUAUGGCGGUGAUCAGGAUGCUGGUAUGGGGUAUGGAGGUGAUCAGGACGCUGGUAUGGGGUAUGGAGGGUGAUCAGGACGCUGGUAUGGGGUAUGGUGGUGAUCAGGAUGCUGGUAUGGGGUAUGGCGGUGAUCAGGAUGCUGGUAUGGGGUAUGGAGGUGAUCAGGACGCUGGUAUGGGGUAUGGCGGUGAUCAGGAUGCUGGUAUGGGGUAUGGCGGUGAUCAGGACGCUGGUAUGGGGUAUGGCGGUGAUCAGGACGCUGGUAUGGGGUAUGGGGGUGAUCAGGACGCUGGUAUAUGGGGUAUGGGGGUGAUCAGGAUGCUGGUAUGGAGGUAUGGAGGUGAUCAGGAUGCUGGUAUGGGGUAUGGGGGUGAUCAGGACGCUGGUAUGGGGUAUGGCGGUGAUCAGGACCUGGUAUGGGGUAUGGCGGUGAUCAGGAUGCUGGUAUGGGGUAUGGCGGUGAUCAGGAUGCUGGUAUGGGGUAUGGCGGUGAUCAGGAUGCUGGUAUGGGGUGUAUGGCGGUGAU